GCCGAUUUUAUGUGGCGUUGCUGCUGAAUUUUGGUUUUUAAUGCAAAACACAACUUGAUAUUGUGUGAGCGGGUACUAAGAACAAUACAUUGUAAGUAAUAGUUCAUUGGUUUCAUUAAGAUGGCAGACAGUAAGGAAGGAAAACGUAAAAAGGACAAGAAUAGUGAUGAUGAUGAAAAUCGUAAAGAAACGAGGGAAAAGAAGUCGAAGCGGGCCCGGUCGAGAUCUAGAUCGCCUGUUCGUGAAGAGUCCAGGCGUAAACGACGGCGUUCCAGAUCAGUUUCCAAAGACAGACACGCUAAAAAAGAGAAACAACAAGAUGGUAACUCUAAAUCGCUUGAGGUGAAAAAAGAAGGUCCAGAAAGGAAAAAUAGGGACAUAGAUAUGGUUAAUACUAGAACGGGAGGUGCUUACAUCCCGCCCGCGCGACUACGCAUGAUGCAGGCUCAAAUUACGGACAAAUCAUCAAUGGCUUUUCAAAGACUUGCUUGGGAAGCCCUGAAAAAGUCCAUUCAUGGUCAUAUUAACAAGAUAAACGUGGGCAACAUCGGGAUAAUUAUCAAAGAGCUUUUAAAGGAGAACAUAGUGCGUGGUAGAGGUUUGUUGUGCCGUUCUGUGAUUCAAGCACAGGCUGCAUCCCCAACAUUUACUAAUGUUUAUGCUGCCCUGGUAGCUGCAGUGAACUCACGAUUCCCUAAUAUUGGAGAAUUAUUACUGAAAAGGCUGGUGAUUCAAUUCAAGAGAGGAUUCAAACGCAAUGAUAAGUCCAUUUGUAUUUCGUCUGCGUCAUUCAUAGCUCAUCUUGUUAAUCAGAGAGUAGCACAUGAAAUUCUAGCUUUAGAGUUGUUGACAUUGCUAGUAGAGACACCGACGGAUGAUUCUGUUGAGGUCGCAAUUGCAUUCUUGAAAGAAUGCGGUCAGAAGUUGACUGAAGUCUCCUCUAAAGGAGUUAAUGCAAUAUUUGGCAUGUUGCGAAACAUUCUUCAUGAGGGGCAGUUGGAUAAAAGAGUCCAGUACAUGAUAGAAGUAAUGUUUCAAGUGUGGAAGGAUGGAUUCAAGGAUCAUCCGGCUCUGCUUGAGGAAUUGGAACUCGUUCCUGAGGAAGAGCAGUUCACACAUUUAUUGAUGCUUGAUGAUGCUACUGACCCUCAAGAUAUCCUGAAUGUUUUCAAGUUUGAUGAAAAGUAUGAAGAAAAUGAGCAAAAGUACAAAACAUUAAGCAAAGAGAUCUUGGGCUCUGAUGCAGAGUCUGAUGACGAUGAAGAGGGCUCUGGGCAAAGUGGCAGUGACGAAUCGGAAGAGGAAGAAGAAGGUGAAGAACAAAAACCGAUGACCAUUAUUGAUAAUACAGAGACAAAUUUAGUAGCACUCCGACGUACUAUUUAUUUAACAAUAAACUCAAGUUUGGACUUUGAAGAAUGCGCCCACAAACUUAUGAAGAUGCAAUUAAAACCAGGACAGGAAGUAGAACUCUGCCACAUGUUUUUAGAUUGCUGUGCUGAACAAAGAACCUAUGAAAAAUUUUAUGGAUUGUUGGCACAAAGAUUUUGUAAUAUCAACAGGAUAUACAUAGAGCCCUUUGAAGAGAUUUUUAAGGAUUCCUAUGCAACAGCACAUAGACUUGACACAAACAGAUUGAGAAAUGUUAGUAAAUUUUUUGCACACUUGCUAUUUACGGAUUCUAUCGGCUGGGAAGUCUUAGAAUGUGUACGGUUGAACGAGGAAGACACUACUAGCUCCAGUCGUAUUUACAUCAAGAUUUUAUUCCAAGAGCUAGCUGAAUACAUGGGAUUAAAGAAACUGAACGACAGAUUAAAAGACCCGACAUUGCAGGAGGCGUUCUCGGGUGUGUUCCCGCGUGAUAAUCCAAAGAAUACAAGAUUUUCCAUUAAUUUCUUUACAUCUAUUGGUUUGGGAGGCCUAACUGAUGAACUGCGAGAACAUUUAAAGCAAAUGCCAAAGACUGUGCCACCGCCCAUUACAGAGAUCAACAUCGAAAGUGAAUCUGAAAGUUCCAGCUCUAGUUCAAGCUCCAGCAGUUCAUCAGACUCUUCAUCUAGUGACAGUGAUUCCAGUAAUGAAUUAGAUUCAGAUGGAGAAAACAGCAAAAAGAAACGUGAAAAGAGUCAGUCAAAAAGUAAAAACAAGGACCAAACUCCUGAAAAUGAAUCUAAUAAAGAUGUCGAAAGAUGGGGUCACGAUGGUUUCUAUGAUACAUAUGGAAAAGACGCCAGAAGGCAUGAAAGACCAGAAUGGCAGGAGAGGGAUAAGGAUGGAUUUGCUAGACCAAGAGAUGUAAGGCGAGACCAGAGGAGUGAUCAAAGAAAUGCAGAUUUCCGAAGAGAAGAAAGAAGAAACGACAGGCGUGAAGAUGAGCGCAGAAGUCGCGACGAAGAAAGACGUCGGGACAAUAGAAAUGGCGCCAAAGAUGAUUCUAGAAGACGUCGCGAAGAUGAUAGAGAAGAUUCUAGGCGACGUGAUGAUGACAGGGAUGAUUCCAGUAAGAAACGCAGUGAUGGUAGAGAAGAUUCUAGGAGACAUGAUGACAGAGAAGAUUCUAGAAAUAGACGUGACGAUGGUCGAGAUGACUCUAGAAGACGUGAUGAUGAUAGGGAAGAUUCUAGAAAUAGACGUGACGAUGACAAAGAUGAUUCUAGAGGGAGACGUGACCAUAGAGAUCGACGGCGGGAUGAGGAUAGACGCCGUGACAGGAGUGAUGAAGAUUUAAGUUUAAGACAUGAGAAUCACAAGUCUAGAAGAGAUGAAGAUAUAUCAAGACGUGACGAAGAAAGGUUGCGGACAGAUGAGGACGACUCUAGAUCUAAAAAAGACAGAUCCGAAAAGGAACAGGAGAAACCAAGACGAGAUGAUGAAAAAUCUAGAAAAAAUGAUAGUAGAUCGAAAAAAGAUAAUAAACCAACGGGAAGUGAAGAUAAAGACAAACGCAAUAGUAAAAACGAUGACGAAGAUUACCAAAAGAAACGAAGUAAAGGCAAGGCGAAGAAAGACGAAAGUUCAAGUUCAGAUAGUGACUCUAGUGAUGAUGAUAUUCGACGAGAUGAGAAAGAAAAUAGACAUCAAAAAAAGAAAAAUAAAGAUAAAAGGAGUAAAAAAAAUGACAGUGAUUCAAGUGAGGACGAGUCUAGAAGCAGGAAACGUAAGGAUAAAAAGAAAAAUAACGAUGAUGGUUGGGAUAUCAGGAGAGGCAGUAGCCUUAAACGAGAGAUGGCUGCUGUCUCCAGUCGGUAUUGGGAUAGCUCGAGAGUAUAA